UCACAGGCUUCAGAGGGACGGGCAAUUUAUUUUUUAUUUUGUUUUUCUUUCUCGGUUUUUAAUGGCCGCUUCGCUCUGGCACAUACAGUUGCUUUUUAGUAUCAUUCCUGUUUAUUCAAGUGCAACUGUCAGGUGUCAAAAUACUAGCAAUUUAUAAUAAUUACAAUUCAAAUUCAAAUUCUCACAUUUCAAUUCUCAAAUUACAAUUCUCACAUUACAAUUCUCAAAUUGCAAUUCUCACCUCAAAUUUAAUCUCCUCUCAUGGAAUUUACUCCACAACAAAGUGCUUCAACAUCCCGUCUGAAAUUAUGCAAAGAGUAUUUCCCAAUGUCCCCUGAUAUUUUUAAUGCAACAGACUCGGAUCAAGAAGAAUCAUCAUUGGCCGAUGGUUCUGCCAACUCAUGUUCUUCAAAUCAGACAAGUGAAGAUAUCGAAGACAAUGAAGUUGCAUUUCUUCGAAGAAGAAUUCAAGUGUUGGAGAUUGAAAACAGGUCCCUUUAUAGAAAAAUUGACGAUAUGGAAAAGAAGGAAAAGAAGAUUGCAGAACACAAUAAAGUGAAUGUUAAGAGACCAAGAACAAGUCAUUUAUUGGUUCCUUUACUACACGCAUCGACUGUGGAAAUCGAGAAAUCGGAGCUGGACGAAGUGUUGGUUGUUGCCAAAGCUUCACGUGAAAAUUUAAAUGCUACUGUCAAUCGGCUUUUAGAAGCUGUCUACUCCAAAACCUUUUUAGGAAGUCAUUCGUUAUCUGGGGGAGUGCCGAAAACAAAGAAAAAAAUGUCUACCCAUCCAAAUCAGACGGUCAAGCCAGGUCUUCCAACAUUUACUGUAAUAUCUUCUUUUUUAGAACAAAGUUGAGGCCCAGAGAGCUACAAUUGUCAAGCAACCUGCACUCCUGCAGCAAUCAAACGUGUAGACUGUUUUUAAAAGUAUUGAUUAUUGGAAUGUCAUGAUGCAAAUACAUUUCAAAUUUUAAAACAA